CCAGUGCACCCGUGUGUGCUGGAGGGGCAGGGGAGGGGUGGCAGCAGGUGCCCCUGAACAAGUUGAUGGAUGCUUUCCAAACACCCCUGGGUACCAGGCUCCAUCACCUGUGUGUCAGGACUGCUGAGGGGGCAGAGCAGGGGCAGCCACUGGGAGACAGCCAUUGUGCUGCUCUGGGGUUCCAGGGAUGCCUGCACUGGGGGUUCCUCGGUGCCAAGGUGUUCCUCAUGGCCUGUGGGUAACACUCUGGCUUACUGAGGGCUCUCUGAAGCAGCCUGGCCCGUGGCUGGCACCCAAACAGCUGCUGACCCUGGCACAGUUCUUGCUUCUUGGCAGUGCUGGUUGUGAUGCCCACAGGACAGAGCCCGCAAUGGGUGCUGGUGGGUUUGUGGCCCCUUGGCAUCUGUGGCUGUGGGGGGAAUGAGAGCUGUAACCUGGGCAGGGUCAGUGUGCCAGGGGUCUGCCUGCACUGGUGGCCCAGGGCUGGGGCACAGCCAGAGGUCCUGACACUUACAGGAGCCAUAGAUGGGGAAACAAGAGCUGUGCCUGUGCCAAGGAAGUGCCGUGGAGCAGCCCUGGUGUGGACUCAUGCCAGGGAAGGACAGUGCUGUGCCCAGGGGUCUGGCUUUGCUUGUCUGCCUCCAUGGGUCAGUGGCUGUGUCCCAUUGGGGACCAGGGGCACUCCGGGGGCCAAGCCACUGCCUGGGCACUGGCUGACAUGAGCAGCAUGUUCACAGGGCCCUCUGCUUGUCUUCUUACAAGAGCAUGGGGUUCAGGAGGGGGAAACCCAAAACUCAUCCUUGAAAUGCUUGCUCUGCUGAGGAAACAGGAGUUGGAAACAGCUCUGCUCCAGCGCUUUCCCUAACCCCGCCACUGCCCCUGUGCUGAUUCAUUGAUUUGGACGGGUUAUAUACUGGGAGGGGAAGAAUGAACCACACUCUGCUCUCUUGCCAGCACGGAGCUGUGCUCGCUCAGUGCUCGUGGCUGCAGGACACUCGGGCCCAAUGGAGCAGGGAGGCUGGCAGCAGUGGCUGCUGCUGCUGCUGGGCAUCCAUCUGGCCAGUAGCCAGUGCCCAGAGCAGUGCCAGUGUGUCCGUAGUGCCCAGGUGGAGUGCUUUGGUGCCGACAUCACCGCGGUCCCCAGCCCCAUCCCUGCCAACGCCAUGACCCUGCAGAUCAUCAACACGCGCAUCGCCGAGCUGGGCGACGCCGCCUUCGGCAACGCCUCCCUGCUGAUCGGGCUGCGCGUCGAGAAGAACCUCCUGUCACGCAUCAGCCCCGGGGCCUUCCAGAACCUGCCCGACCUGCGCUACCUCAGCCUGGCCAGCAACAAGCUGCAGGAGCUCCCUGUGCAGGUCUUUGAGCCUCUGGACAAGCUGGAGUCUCUGCUUCUCUCCAGCAACCAGAUCCUCCAGGUUGAGCCUUCCCACUUCGCCCAUCUGAGCAACCUCAAGGAGCUGCAGCUGCACGGGAACAACCUGAAGGAGCUGCAGGAGGGGGUGUUUGACCAGCUGACCAGCCUCACCAAGCUCAACCUGGCCAGGAACAACAUCGACCGCCUGCCGCCCCAGGCCUUUGAGCGGCUGGCGCGGCUGCAGGUGCUGCGGCUCUACGAGAACCGGCUCCGGCACAUCCCGGUGGGCACCUUUGAUGGGCUGCCGGAGCUGCAGGAGCUGGGGCUGCACCAGAACCAGCUGGAGACGCUGUCACCGGAGCUCUUUGUGCACAACACCAACCUGCAGAAGCUCUACCUGUCCAACAACUUCCUCACCACUCUGCCGAGCGGCGUCUUCUUGCCCCUGCACGCUCUCGCCAAGAUCACCCUGCACGUCAACCGCCUGCAGGACAUCUCCCCCAGCGCCUUUGGGCCCAUGCCCAACCUGCAGGAGCUCUGGCUUUAUGAGAAUGAGCUUUCCACCCUCCCCACUGCCGUCUUCAGCAACCUCACCCAGCUGCAGCUCCUGGUUCUCAGCAAGAACCGGCUGCGGUCGGUGGCACCGGGGGCUUUCCAGGGCCUGGGGGAGCUGCUGGAGCUGUCGCUGCACUCCAAUGCCCUGCGCCGCCUGGAUGCCCGGGCACUGGAGGGGAUGCCCAAGCUGCAGAACAUCUCUCUGCACCACAACCAGCUGCAGGCACUGCCACGGGGCCUCUUCAGGGCCACCCCUGGGCUGCGGCACCUGCAGCUGCACUCCAAUGCCCUGGAGUACCUGCCUGCCGGCAUCUUCUCCCCGCUGACUGCCCUGCGAGAGGUGAGGCUGCACAACAACUCCUGGCACUGUGACAAGGGCAUCCUGCCCCUGCAGGGCUGGCUGGAGGAGAACCCUCACAAGGUGGGUGAGAUACCCCCACUGUGUGCCCAGCCUCCCGCCCUGCAGGGCAUCCCCAUCGCCGGGCUGACACAGGACCAGCUCCUCGACCCCCAGCCCCCCACUGCUGCUCCUCAUCCCAGCACCCUGCUCCCUGCUGACACCUCUGAGGCAGCAUCAGAUGAUGCCUCAGCAGCAGAAGAUGCCUCGAUGGAGCCCCCCACGGGGCUGCCAGCCUCCCCACAGGAGGAUGAGGAGGAGAAGAAGGAGGAGGAAGAGAGGGGGCAGUGGGGGCUGACACGCCUGCAGAGCGGGGUGGUGGUAGCAGUCAUCGUGCUGGUGUGUGUGGCUCUGCUGGCUGCUCUGGUGGCACUGGUGGUCUAUGGCUGCAGGAAGAAGAGCCAAGUUGUGCUCAUGAGGAUGAAGGCUCCGAAUGAAGGGGCCUCUGGAAGCAAGUAUGCUGGCCUCGGUGUGGGACUGGAGCCACUUGUGACAGCAGCACCCUGCCACCAUCCUUGCACCAGUGGAUGUCUGGGGCCAGAACCCCACUUCCUUGCCAGGAUGCUCACAGGCAGCUGCCUCUGGCCUCACCUCCAGUGCCCCGGAGGCCGGGUUAUUUUUCAGAGUGCUCCAAGGACACGGGUUGUUGUUGCCGAUAAGCAGCGAGGGCAGCUCCACCCCAGCAGGAACAGCUUGUCCCUGCUUCAGCUGGUUUCCCAUCCGCCCCAGAAAACACUGUCCCAUCCCAGCAAGCAGCAUCCCUGCAAAUCUGCCACAGGUUUGGUGACCGUCCCCGUGAUGCCACACUUGUGCAGGCUGCUGACCUACGUGCUGCUGGGGCUGGGGUCCCUGCUGGUGGGGGCACUGUCCCCAUCCUGCCCCCCUACCUGCCAGUGCUAUGACACCUCCAAAGUCUUCUGCUCAAAUGAAAAGAUGCGGGAGAUCCCGGAGGGCCUGCCAGGAAGUGCCACCCACCUCUUCUUCGUGGAGACAGCCCUGAGCAGCAUCCACAGCAGGAACCUGGGCUCCAGCACCACGCUCACCAAGCUGGUCUUCAUCAAUAACAAGAUCCAGGAGCUGGAGGCUGGUGCAUUUCAGGGGCUGCCCAGCCUCACUGAGCUGGAGGUGUCAGGCAACCCCUUGCCAGCUGUCAGCCCUGGGGUGCUGGCAGGGUUGACCAGCCUCAGCAAGCUCUCCCUCAGUGCCAACGCUAUCCUCACCCUGCCGCCGGGGCUCUUCACUGCCUCUUGCCGCCUGCAGGACUUGAACUUGUCAGGGAACAGGAUCGAAGCACUGCCCCCUGGCAUCUUCUACCCACUCCGGCGGCUCCGGGCCCUGGACCUGUCACAGAAUUCUCUGCCUGAGCUGCCGGAUGUGCUGCUGGCCCCACUUGUCACCCUUCGCGUCCUCAAGCUCAGUGACAACCUGCUGGCACGGGUGCCUCCCGGUGCUUUCAGGGCACUUGGCCAACUGACUGAGCUCCACCUGGAUGGCAACCGGCUAGAGGAGCUGCCCUCCGGCAUCUUCUCCGGGCUGGGGGCACUGCGGCGGCUGCAGCUGCAGCACAAUGCCCUGGGCAGCCUGGCCCCUGACAUCUUCACGGGUCUCCUCAACCUCACUGUGCUCAGCCUGGAGGGCAACAACCUGGCCACCGUGCCUGCCAUCCUGUUCACUGGCACCCCUGGCCUCCUCCACCUCUCGCUGGCUCGCAACCAGCUGGAGACACUGCCCCAGGAGCUCUUUGCUAACCUGUCCGUGCUGGAAUCCCUGGAGCUCUCACACAAUGCCAUACAUCACCUGCCCGUUGGAGUUUUCCAGGGUUUGGAGGGGCUGACAGAGCUCCAGCUGAGCCACAACAACCUCUCCAGAUUGCCGGCGAGGCUGCUGGAUGGGCUGCCCCUCCUCACCGCCCUGGUGCUGGACCACAACCGCCUGGCCCGCCUGCCGCCGGGGCUCUUCGAUGCCAACGAUGAACUGGCUCGUGUGGGGCUGGCUGACAACCCCUGGCUCUGUGACUGCCACCUCUCCUACCUCCUGCACUGGCUCCAGAGCUUUGCUGAGCCCCUCAUCCACGGGCAAGCCUUCUGUGCCAAUCCAGCUGCUCUGCAGGGCCGGUCCCUGCUGGAGGUCUCCCGCGGGCAGCUGGAGUGCCAAGGAGCACACGGUGUCCCCCCAGAGGAAGGCUGGGACACAGAUGGUCCGGGGCAGUGCACCUACACCAACCCCGAGGGCACGGUAAGCGUGUCCUGCAAUGCCACAAGGUGCCAGCAGCUCAGCCUUCGCCUCCCUCCUCCCGGGCAGGAGCAGGGCUCGGGGCCGGCGUACCGGCGGGCCUGGGUGUUGCGCUCCCGCUGUGGCACGCUGCAGCUCAGCGUCCUUGUCACAGCACAGAGCGGGAACGAGGUCACAUCACCAGGUGUCCCCGCGGGGCCCUAAGGCUCGGGCAGGCGUUUGCUUCUGCUCUGGCAACCUCUGAACCAGCCUGGAAACAAACAGCUCUCCGUCUCCCUCCGCCACCGCUGCCACGGUCUCCAGCUGUCCCCGAGCUCUCCACGACAGCUGGCCUGGUGCUAUAUAUCCUCUCAGCUAUGUGUUUCCUGUGUAUUUCAAAUAUAAUUAAAAUUUAUCUAUUA